AUGCUGGUGAUCACCGACGAACGCUUCCUCGACCACGACACCGGACACCGGCAUCCUGAGCGGCCCGACCGUCUGCGAGCCGCACUGGCCGGAGUGGCCGCCGUCGACAAUGAGCUGCUCGCUGGGGGGGUUUCGCCUAGGCGGGCCGAGCGGGACGAGCUUGAGCUUGUGCACUCCGCGUCCAUGAUCGACCGCGUCGUCGCCAUCGCCGAGCGCGGCGGGGGCCACCUGGAUGCCGACACCCCGAUGGGGCCGGGCAGCUUCGAAGCGGCGCGACUAGCGGCAGGCGCAGUGCUCUCGGCCGCGGAGCAGUUGACGGCCGCCACAACUUCGAAAGACUCCACCGGCGGAGAGUCCGAGGCCUAUUGCAUAGUGCGGCCGCCGGGGCACCACGCCACCCCCGAGACCUCGAUGGGCUUCUGCCUGUUCAAUUCCGUCGCGGUGGCCGCCGCCUCGCUGGCCGCUGCCGGACAGCGGGUGGCCAUCGUGGACGUCGACUGCCCAUCACGGCAACGGAACCCAAGACGUUACCCGCUGUAUCCGGGUACCGGCGCGCUCAGCGAGCGAGGAACCGGGGCGGGCGAGGGGUUGACCGUCAACGUGCCGCUGCCACCCGGUGCCACCGGUGACGCCGCGCGGGCUGCGCUCGACGAGGUGAUCGUGCCCGCAGUGGAGCGUUUCGCCCCUGACUGGAUGUUGAUCUCCGCCGGCUACGACGGGCACCGGGCCGACCCCCUCACGGGCCUGUGCUAUUCGGCUUCGGACUACGGCGACUUCGUCCGCCGGCUGGUGCCGCUGGCGCCACGAACGUGGCCGUGCUCGAGGGCGGCUACGACCUCGACGCUACGCGGGCCUCGUCCUAUGCGGUGA